GAUAACGGCCGAUUCAUGACACUUCAGGGUAAAGGCGCGGCGGCUCUCGAGCUCUUUUACAGGGUCUACCUCAGCCUGGAGGGCAAAGAUCGGCUGCACUUCAUCGCCCUGCAGAAAGAACGAGAGAAAUUGGCCCCCGCAUCCAGCAGGUUCGGCGUCACCAGGGUGUCCGAGGAACCACCUCCCUAUCAACCAGCCGAGCAUCAUCUGUCGAAGCCGCUGAUCGAAUUCGCCGACACUAUCUUAUGGCACCGGAACAAAUUCUGGAGCAUCGUGCAGGCCUGCAAAAAUGAACGACGGCGGUUCGAAGCCGAGUAUCCUAUAGUAGAGCCGGUCGAGUACUUCAUCCCGGACGAUGUGGUGGAUGAGUGGAAGAAAGAAAGUGAGGGACUAGACGAGUUUGCUCACAAACACCCGGCUCGCAAGACGAAGAAGCAGCUGGUGGAGUGUUGUCCUCAAAAGAAGUUCUUCGACGUGUCCUACGCCGAGGACUCCGCGGCCGCAGCAGAGUACGUGGAGUUCUUGAAGAAACGCGGCGAGCGAGUGUUUAAAUAUCAGGACUUGAAGUUGAAGACGCAGACGACGAUGAUGGCGGACACCUGGGAGAAGCUGCUGAGGCAGCAAGAUAAAUCGUUCGACGAAGCCCUUGGCCUGCGAGUGUUAGACCAAUCGCGCUACGAGAAGCAGAUCAUGAGGAAGCUGUGCGAAGUGCGCGAUCUGAGGAACAAGGUCGUGGAGAACCGCAGGAUCGUCGACGCGAUGCUACUGAAAAUCUUAGAGAACGAGCAACGGCUGCAGCAGCAUCGCGAGCUGGAAACAAUGGCGGCGGAAGCGCAAGACGUCGGGAUGGAAUACUGCAGGAUGCGUGAGCUGCAUCGGAGGAUUCGCGAGGAAAAGGUGAGGGAGAAAGAGAAACAGAAAGUGAAAAGUGGUCACUUCCGUCCGAGGGCAAGCCCUCUAAGGGCUAAGGUACGCAGGUUCGGAGAGAUGUACCGCGGGAUCUGUCUGGAAAUCGUGAAGGAUCUCGCGGAUAUCGCGGUGAAGAUCGCCGAGUUUCGCCAGGCCAAUGACAGCCACGUGCCUCCUUUCGUCUGGAGCGACUGCAAGACGUUGUUCCUGAGGAAUCAGCCGAUCUUCGAGUUCGCGGAGUACUUGGACUUGUUCGACGUCGAAGACGCGGUGGAGGAUGGGGAGGAAGAGGAGGAGAAAAAUGUGGACAUCCAGAGAGAAGCGGAGGAUAAAGUGACAAUAAGGAGGAUGAAGAAUGGAGAAGUUACGGAGGACGAGAAGGAAGAGGCGCGGCGCACGGAAAGUGGAAGAGGGAAGAAAGCUGAAGACAAACGGAAGCUUCUUCAACUGAAGUUGGACCAUCAGAGAGUCCUGGCUGAUGCGGACUUUGAAAAUUAUCGAGACCUGGCAUCGCCCUGGGCCGAAUUCGCGCCGACGAAAGAGAAAGGACAAGCGAAGGACGAAGACGAGGCCGAAGAGGUCUUCAGACUGGGUCGGCUCGUGCUGGGCUAUGUGGUUCAUCGUUUGUUGAGGAUGCUGCACAGACAACCCACCGAAAUCACGACUCGCUUGGCACCGAGAGUCGAGGUCGCGGCCAUUGUCUUGGGCAUAAUGAAUGCAACGUUGCUCGAGGAGCUGCGAGAACUGCUGAAGAAGUACAACGUGCACUUGCUGCGGAUGGAGGACGCAAUCAAUCGUUGUCUGGAGAGAUACAAGCAGGAAAUGGUGGACGUGGAAUAUAUCGAUCUCGAUGUCAUCCCGGCAAAGGCGAGAGACGUCAGGAGGCCGCGGGCCAAGGGCAAGGGGACGAAUGCUACGAAGAACCGUCGCAUGAAGUUGCCUGAGCGAGCUACGAUGAAGAAUACGAUGACGACGCAACGGCAGAAGGCGGCGGAGGAGAAGCAAACGCAAACUCCGCGGCAGAUUCCCUACGACGAUCUGCAUCCGACUUUAAGCGACGCUGCAUAUAUCGGUAAAUGGACUCAUGAAUUUCUCACGUUGGGUCAGCCGAUCCCUAACGAGCUGAACACGAAGAUACUGAUGGAAUAUCUCAAGGGAAUUGGGGACGUCAAGGGCUGGGCAUUAAUAAAUUACCCCAACACGUACGAGCAGAUGGCAAUGUUGGAGGAAGCGUUGACCGGACACCGGGUGCCUCCCGAUCGUAAUAAGGUCUUCGAUCUCGCGGAUGUCAACGUCGAGGAUAUCGAUCCCCCGUCACCUAGAAUGCUGUUCGAGGCUGAUGAAGUCGACACAAUUGCGAUAUGCGGGCAAUCCAGAUUAUUGCCGAAUUCAAUAUGUCCCAAAGAAAAAUAUCUGCCCAAUUCCUCGACAACGUUCGUGACGUUGUAUAUCAAGGCUCUGCCGAAGCCGAAGACUUUAGCCAGUCAAGAUGAUUCUUCUAUGCUCUUGCCCGCUGAUGCCACUUCGAUGGACGAAUACUACGCUGAUCGAAAUAUCGCGUACGGAUUCUACUACAACGUCCUCGACCUUUCAGCCAUGAAACAGCUGGUCGAAUUCAUCACGGGCGAUCGGUUGGCCGAGAGGACCUUGGAGGAAGCAUUGUCCUUGGAUCUCCUUGAAGAGAUUCCGCGAGAUCGGCAGAAACCUCCCAUUGACCCAAAAGCAGCUAUCACAAAACGUUGGGUACCAAAAUCGAAAUGGGAGAAGUCGCAACGUGAAGAAAAGAAAGAUAGCGAAGCCGUAAGUCGCGAUUUACCAGCGGAAAUGGGAGCGCAGCUCGCGAGAACUCCUGCUAGACCUGGGGAAGAUGGCUGGCAGUGGAUGGACUUUCCGCAGCCUCCGCUUUUGUUGGAGACCUUGGCCAUGCUCUGGGAGAGCGUGGAGGAGGGCUACGUGGAGAACCUGAAGGAGAUACUCUCCUUGAAGAGAAUCCACACGUCGACUGUUAUUCCUUACAAAGAAUCGGUCCUGAGCAACUUGAGGAAGUUCAUCGACCGACCCGACAAUCGGCAGGAUUUGCUGCAAGAUUUUCAUCGCGCCUUCAAUAAGUUUGACGAGGACCUCAGGGAAGACGCGGACGUCAAGUGCGAGCUGCACUGUCGCGUCGUCGAUUUUCGAGCGGAACUGUGGGAUCUCUGCGACACCCGACGACACAUAGCCGAGGAAGAGAGGAAGCGCAUCCUGCGUAACCAGUGGAUCCCGCUGGAAACCGUAGUCCUCGUCAACGUGUACAUCGAAAUCCUGCAGACGGAGAUCGACAGAUUCAUCGACACCGUGCAGCUCCUCCAAGACUAUUACACGUCGAUGUUGCAGAAACCUCUGGAGGAGUCGCGGUUCUCCAAGAUCUUCCUCGAUCGCGUGGAAUUGAAGCUGGGUCUUCGAGAAGCACCAAACUCGGGGGCGAGCGACGGACUGAUCAACGAUGAGGAAAAGGAAACAGCGAUCCAGACGAAAGCUUCCUCUCACGCGGCAAACAUCGAGCACUUCAAGAUAGACAUCGAGGGUUUGCUGACCGACGUGUCGAGGAUUUUCGAUCCCGAACGGAAUAUCGUGUAUGACGUCAUCAAGGACACUAUCCGACAAGUGCGAAGUGUGGUCGAGUCCACCUCGUCGAUCAUCACGGAGACGUUGAAGAAAGAGGAAGAAGCUGCAGUCUUGAAUGUCGAGUCGAGGGACAAAGCUAUCGGGAGUGUUUCGCCUAACUCAACGUUGACCAAGUUGGCGAGAAGAAGCCGCGACUUGGUUGAAGAGUGGCGGUACGCCGUUCAGUUCGAGAUCGAUCGUAUCCGUCGGCGAUUGGACGUUUUAGACGCGGCCGCUCGGUCGGACGUGGCUUUCCUUCUGGAUACCAUGAGGCGGACCUUCCACCAUUUGCACGAUUACAUCGACGAGAGAUACAAACGCGAGAUCGAGAGCGUCGACGACAUGGCGAACGUCUUCUGCUGCGCCAUCGAGGAGGCCAAGCCGAUUCAGCAGGAGAUGUUGCUCGAGGGUGAUCGAUUCGUCGUGAGGUCGAACGUCCUGAUGUUCCCCGACGACACCGAGCGACUUGCCGUUCCCGUACAAGAGUCUUCAUCGCCCUUGCGAUUUCGAGUGAUCCAACUCGCGCGAUUACUAGACAUCUUCCGACGAGUCGCACCGCACGGGGUAAUCAGCAAGCGCGGCUUGGUCUACAUCCUGCAGGAUCUGGUGUCCUGCGGCGAAGAGGACUGUUAUCCGGCCGCCGUACCGUGCGGCUGGCGACAAUUGCGAACUCCUGACAUCGAGACCCUGGUCGAACGAUUGUUCGGCGGCUGCGAGCACAUCGAGUGGCGAGAGUUCAUCGUGUACGCGAUGGAUUUGCCUGUUCCGUCGCAUCAAGACAUCCUGAGGGCGCAAGCGGCCUUUAGACGACAGGAUCCCGCACUGCGGGAGGUGAUCCCUCGCGAUCGCUACCGGUUGACGCUGCUGUGGUUCCUCGAGAAUGUCGGGACGUCGGCCGACAUCUUCCACGAGUAUCUGUACGGAGAUCCUGAGGCUCUCCUGGACGAGAAGGAUGACUGUAACGAUUACAGGGAGAUUAUGGACACGAUGUUAUGUGAAGCGGCGCGGUUGGGUGCGCGUACCGUUAUCGACUUGGGUUUGAGAAACGACUUGAUAGAGACGAGCGAGAAUAGCUCCGGGUACGCGAAAAGCUCAUUGAUAUCGAUCCGAAAACGCGUCCUGGAAAAUUAAACGAGAGCAGGUCCUUCCGAGACUUUAAGUCGAACGAUAACGAUUGGACAAU